AUGAGCGGUGCCAAUCCCGGAAACCCUUCGGGAGGAAUCGGUUUCAUCGACUCGGUCCAGGCUGCCGAUGAGCACACCUACCAGGAAGAAGUUGUUCUGGACCAGGCCAAGGAUGGAAAGCACGCUAUCACACACGUUGAGGAUGGCCCCGAGUUCUCCAAGGAGGAGUACGACCUCAACCAAGACAUUGCAGACGCCGAGAAUGUUCAGCGUGGCAUGACCAUCAAGGAGGCUAUCAGGAACUACUAUCCCUCCAUCCUGUGGAGCUCCGUCGCCUGUUGGACGAUUCUAAUGGAAGGCUAUGGUUCGCCCUCGGGAAGCUAUUGGGUACUCGAACCAUUCUUGGAGAAGUACGGAUUUUGGUCAGACGAGCUCCAGAAGUACUACAUCCCUGCCGAUUGGCAGAUGGCCAUUGGUGAAAUGUCCUCGGUGGGCUGUAUCUUUGGUGUCGUUGUUGCCUCGUGGCAGUGCGACAAGACUGGUUUCCGUUGGUCCAUGAUUACGAACAUGAUCCUUUACACUGGCUUUGUCGGCAUGAUGGUCUUCUCGCCCAACAUCAAGGUUCUCCUCGCGUCCAACCUCUGCAUGGGCUACGUUUGGGGUUCGAUGUCGAUGAUGGCCGUGACGUACGCGUCCGAGAUCACCCCUAUUCAGCUCCGUUCCUACAUGACUUCGUUCAUCCAGCUUGUUUGGACCAUUGGUGGUCUCAUCGACACUACCGUCGUCAACGCGUGGCUCGUCCCGCGCCAGGACCAGGUCAUUGGCUACAUGCUCCCCUGGGCGCUCCAGUGGCUCUGGCCCGUUCCCCUCAUUACCGGCAUGCUGUUUGCCCCAGAGUCGCCCUGGUGGCUCACGCGCAAGGGACGCAUUGAAGAGGCUGAAAAGGCCAUCAACCGUCUCUACGCUGGCUCCGACCCCGACAUUGGCCGCAAGACGGUUGCCAUGAUGAUCCGUACCGACGAGCUGGAAAAGCAGGCCACCGCUGGCGCCCGUUUCCGUGACUGCUUCCGCGGUGUCAACUUCCGCCGCACCCAGAUUGCCUGCAUGGCCUUUUCGUGCCAGAUCCUUUGCGGUGCCGUUCUCUCGUGGAAUUCGACCUUCUUCUUCGUGCAGGCUGGUCUCCCUACCACUGCCGCCUUCCGCUUUGGUCUGGGCCAGUCUGGCAUUGCCCUCGUCGGCGUGAUAAUCGCCUGGUUCCUCAUGUCCCGCGUGGGUCGCCGCAAGAUCUUCCUUUUCGGCCUCUCUGGCAUGGCCUCGUGUCUCCUUGCCAUGGGCUUCUGUGCCGUCGCCGUCGACCACGGCCACAAGGGCGCCCUUUGGGGCCAGGCCGCCUUCCUGCUCCUCUGGGUGGGCAUUUACGGACUGACCAUCGGACCCGUCGCGUUCACUGUUGUUUCCGAGUGUUCGUCCACUCAGCUCCGCUCCAAGACGGUCGGACUCGGACGUCUCACCUUUGACAUCCUCGCUAUCCCUGCUGGUAUCAUCAACCCGUACAUGAUCAACGCGACGGCUUGGAACUGGGGAGGCAAGACCGCCUUCUUCUGGUCAGCGCCCUGCAUCCUCAUUUGCACGUGGUGCUACUUCUAUCUGCCAGAAUUCAAGGACCGCAGCUACCGUGAGAUUGACAUUCUCUUUGAGAAUGGCGUCCCUGCACGCAAGUUCAGCACCACCGUUGUCAACGUCGACGAUGACAUCAAGCACAUUGCCGCGGUCAACAGUGAGAAGUAA